AUGGAUUUAUCUGCCAAACCACAAUCACCAAAACCCCGGCCAAUCCAAAAACUCGAAGAAACUGUUGUUAAUAGAAUUGCAGCCGGAGAGAUUAUACAUCGCCCAGCAAACGCGUUAAAAGAGUUGAUAGAAAACUCUUUGGACGCUGGGUCAACUAAUAUUCAAAUAACUAUCAAAGAUGGGGGACUUAAGCUUCUACAGAUUCAAGAUAAUGGGCAUGGUAUACGAAGAGAAGAUAUGGCUAUUGUUUGUGAGCGUUUUACCACAAGUAAACUCAAAAGCUUUGAAGACCUGUCGAAUAUUAGCACCUAUGGUUUUCGAGGGGAAGCUUUGGCGAGUAUUACUCACGUUGCACAUGUUACUAUUACCACAAAGACUGCCGACUCUAAUUGUGCAUAUCGAGCUCAUUAUUCCGAUGGUAUUCUUGUUCCGCCCAAGCCGGGAGUAAGUGCAGAACCAAAACCGUGUGCUGGGAAUAAUGGAACGCAAAUUACGGCCGAGGAUCUUUUUUAUAAUGUACCAGCGCGGCGAAAAGCUAUGAAGAAUUUUGCCGAGGAGUACAAUCAAAUUAUGGAUAUUGUGAAUCGAUAUGCCAUUCAUAAUGCUGGUGUUAGCUUUACGUGUAAAAAGCAAGGUUCGAAUCAAGCCGACAUCAAUACACUGACAACCGGAUCAACAGUGGACAAUAUUCGCCAAGUGUAUGGAGUGAACACCGCAUCCGAGUUACUUGAAAUCAACAAAGAAUAUAAAAAACUUGAGGUCAAAUUAAAAGGAUAUAUUUCUAAUGCUAAUUAUAGUCUCAAGAAAAUGGUUCUUUUGUUGUUUGUUAAUCACAGAGCCGUUGAAAACUCUACACUAAAAAAAAUGAUUGAAAGUGUGUAUUCGUCACUGUUGCCAAAACAUACUUACCCGUUUCUUUAUUUAAGUCUUGAAAUUAAUCCGAAAAAUGUGGAUGUUAAUGUUCAUCCUACUAAGCGUGAGGUACUUUUUUUGCAUGAGGAUAAAAUAAUUGGGAGAAUAUGUGAUGCAAUCCAAGAAAAUCUUGCCUGCGCAAAUUCUUCGAGAUCUUUUCAUACGCAGACGUUAUUACCGGGAGCAGCUACUCCAUCGAUUGAAUACAGUGAUGCCAAGGAAAAUCAAGACAAGUUCUCAAAGAAGUCAGCCAUAAUUUAUGAUCAUAAACUUGUGAGAACUGAUUCUCACGCACGAACUUUGGAUAAUUUUUAUGAGCCGGAAGAAUUGUUAGAACCGUUGAAUAAAAAGGCGAAAAAAGAAGUUACAUCCCCUAAAAAAGAUGUCGAGGAGAAAUCAACAAAGAGCAACUCGCAAGGAAACCGACUGUCUAGUAAUCCUAACCCAAAACCAAAAAGAAAACGAAUUGAGGUGCGAUUAUCCAGUAUAUUAAAUUUACGUAAACAAGUCAAAGAAGAAGGGCAUCAAGGUCUUACUGAUCUGCUUGCAAAUCACACGCUCGUUGGAUGCGUUGAUGACAAGCAAACAUUAGCACUCGUCCAACAUCAAUUAAAAUUAUAUUUAUUAGAUUAUAAUAAGCUCAGUGAGGAGCUUUUCUAUCAAUUGACAUUACAAGAAUUCUGUAAUUUCGGGACCAUCCAUUUGUCGACCCCAGCUCCCAUUAACGAUCUCAUUAUUUUUGCAUUAGAAAAUAUUGAAAAUGAUGAAUUUUUUAAUAAUCUGAAAUCGAAAGAUGAGAUUGCACAGAUAAUUACUGGACAAUUAAUUGAGCGCCGAGAAAUGUUGCAAGAGUAUUUCGCGAUAACUAUUUCGGAGAAGGGUGAAUUAACUACUUUGCCAUUGAUGCUUAAAGGAUAUGCGCCAAAUAUGGAUAAGCUCCCUACUUUCUUGUUACAUUUGGGCACUGAGGUUGAUUGGACUACGGAAAUCAAAUGCUUUGAAACCCUUGCUCGUGAAAUUGGAUACUUCUAUGCGACCGAACCACCAGAAUUCUGUGAAGAUGAUGAAACAAAAAAUGAUGAUGAGAAAUUAAAUUCAAAACAAGAUCAAAACCACACCAACUCAAAUUUUACACAAAAAGAAACAGCAUCAGCGGCACUUGUGAAAUAUCGAUGGGAAAUUGAACAUUUAAUAUUUCCGGCGUUGAAAAAUAAUUUCAUUGCACCGAAAAGCUUUGCUACUGGUGGCCAAAUAAUUCAAGUUGCUAAUCUGCCGGCUUUGUAUCGUAUAUUUGAACGAUGUUAA